UUAGCAGGGACAGCUGGGGCUUGGCCCACCUGCCUUGACCAGCCCAGUUCAUUCUUGUCCUUGGGGGUUCAGGCCAGGAUGCUGCUUCCGGAAGUAGCCCCAGAGAACACCCUGUCCAGGGUUUCCAAUGCACCCUAGGUCUGAGAAGAGAGGGUGAAGCCCACCCUCACCACUUGAAGGUGCCACCUAAAGCAUGGUUAACUAUAGGGUAGCUCCUGCUAGGGUGGCUCUGCCACCCUGUGCCCACUGGGACUUGGGCAAGCCGAGGAUGUAGCUGCCUCUCUGGAGCAGUCUGGCUGCUGGGCUCUGAGCACAGCAGUGACACCUGUUGGCCAACAGCUGUCCCUCAAUCAGGACAGCAUACCAGGUUCUGUGUUCUCCAGAAGCUCUGAGGAGAUUCACAGAAGGGGCAGGGAGAUGGCAGCAGGGCCCCUUGUCCUCAGGGGCUUGGAGGGGCUGUACCAGAGGCCUUCUGGGUGACUGAGAAUCAUCCAGCCAGGUCCUGCCCUUCCCACUACAGAGAUGAGGAGACAGGUUGAGGGACGUUGUCAAGGAAGGUCGUGCGAGUCCGUGGAAUGGAGUCAAAAGCUGUCUGCCUGGACUGCAGUUCCUGCCCCCACCUCUGCCCUUGGAGAAAGACUAGGAAAAGGCAGGGGGCGGAGCCCCUCAGAAGGGACAGACCCUGUGUCUGCAGGAGCCGCUGCCUGGAGGAGUGGGCCUCUGGGCCCUCUGCCAGUGCUCCUGAGAGCUCUGGGAGCUGGAUACUAGGGGCAGCAGCCAGCCUUCAGGCCAGCAGUAUGGCUGAACGUGGCAGAGAGUGGGAUUAGAGGUCUCUCAUGGGUGCCCCUAUGGGAGGAGUGCAGCAGUUGUGAACCUCCCUGGGGAGCACUGCAUAGCCAGCGGGUAGAGACAGUGUCCCUGGAUCUCCAGAUGACACCCAGGGCCCAGAGAGAAAGGGGUCAGCUGGGCCCCAGAGCUGAUGCCUAGGCCAGGUAGUGGCUGAGGACUGUGAAGGGAGUACAGGGCACCCAGCUGCCCUCCCAGGCCCUUCCCUUCUGGCUGCAUCCUGUACUGCCUCCAUGCCGGGCAGAACCGUGGGGUCAGGCACCCCAGCUGCCCUCCUCCUGGGGUUGCCUGUGUGCAGACAGUGCCUCCUCCAGGCUCAACCCUCCUGCCUGGUCAGCAUUCUGCUGCUCUUUCAGCCUUGGCACAGGGGCCGGACAAGACCAGCAGCAGUGCGCUGGGCCAGUGGACAUCUAAUCAGGCUGGUACCAUGUCCACCGUGGGCUGCCCAGCAGAGGGACCUUGAGUUCCAUGGAGUCUCGUUUGGUUUUUACCUUCUGAAUGUCAGCCACUGACACCCUGAGGUGACACGUCCCCUCUGCAGACCCCCAGCUCCACCACCCCUGCCUCCUGGCUCCUGAGACUGAGGGGCCUGCUCACUCCUCCUGGCGUUUCAGUCACUCAGCCCCACAGGGACAGAAGCCCACUCCCCGGGCUGACCCUGCCUUCCCACACUGCACCAUCUGGAAACUUCUGAGUCUCCCUGCCCAUUGACACGCUCCAGGCUGCACCCUGCCUUGCUGCCCUUGCCCCACCCAGCUCUUUCCAGUGAGUGUCCUCUGAACGUUUCCAGCUUUUCCAGUGGCUCUUCCUCAUCUCUCGGCACAGGACUUGCCUUCGCUAUCCAGUGCUGCCCUCAAACCAGCCUAUGCUAAAGGUGCCUCCAGCAUGGCAGCAGCCGAAGUGCCCGGCUACCUUGUGUCUCCCCAGACGGAGAAGCACCGGAGGGCCCGCAACUGGACGGACGCGGAGAUGCGCGGCCUCAUGCUCGUCUGGGAGGAGUUCUUCGAGGAGCUGAAGCAGACCAAGCGCAACGCCAAGGUGUACGAGAAGAUGGCCAGCAAGCUCUUCGAGAUGACCGGCGAGCGCAGGCUGGGCGAGGAGAUCAAGAUCAAGAUCACCAACAUGACCUUCCAGUACAGGAAAUUAAAAUGCAUGACAGAUAGCGAGUCCGUCCCGCCGGACUGGCCCUAUUACCUAGCCAUUGAUAGGAUUCUGGCCAAAGUCCCUGAGUCCUGUGAGGGCAAACUACCAGACGGCCAGCAGCCGGGGCCCUCCACGUCCCAGACCGAGGCGUCUCUGUCGCCGUCCGCUAAGUCCACCCCUCUGUACUUACCGUAUACCCAGUGCUCCUACGAAGGCCGCUUCGAGGACGAUGGCUCCGACAGCUCCUCCAGCUUACUGUCCCUUAAGUUCAGGUCAGAGGAGCGGCCCGUGAAGAAGCGCAAGGUGCAGAGCUGCCACCUGCAGAAGAAGAAGCUGCGGCUGCUGGAGGCCAUGUUGGAGGAGCAGCGCAGGCUGAGCCGCGCCAUGGAGGAGACCUGCCGCGAGGUGCGGCGCGUGCUGGACCAGCAGAACAUCCUACAGGUGCAGAGCCUGCAGCUGCAGGAGCGCAUGAUGAGCCUGCUGGAGAAGAUCAUCGCCAAGUCCAGUGGCUAGGCCGCUUGCAACCGCCAGGCCGCAGCCGGGCAGCAGGGUCCUGCGGAGGGGACAGGCUUCCACUCGGCCUCCAGGGGCUGCCCCUGGUAGGGACGUCCCUGAUGAGGACCCCAUGGGCCCUGGGCAACCAUGAGACCCCUAUCUGUCUCCAGCAUUAAUGUCCUUCCUUGGACAAGACCAGGGACUCUCAGGUCACUCCUAGUAAGAGUGUCUAGAACCCACCCUCCACGGUAGUCUUAUCGAUGAUACCUGAAAUGGCUUUUGAUAUUAAAUGUGUACUUUUCACUAUUG